AUGGACAUGGCUUCUGGAACACCUAAGCGUGCCGUGUACUGGGAUCCUCCGGGCCACCCGGACGAAAUACCAGCCAAGAGGAUGUGCCUGACAACGCCGCUUACUCCAACAGCUGCCCCCCGAAUGGACAUUUCGGACGGGAUACCAAUGAAACGACGACGUGUAGAUUACAUGGGGACUCCAUUAACUUCAACUAUGGCUGAUGAGAUCUAUCCUUCGCCGUGCGGUGACAUGACAGCACCAAUGACUUCAGGCGACGCAUCAGGCAAGACACCUGAAGGAUUGUGGCCGAAAAGCCACCCAGAAACGCAAGACUGCCCACCGGAUGGUUGCCCACUUGCUGGCACGUCAACCGAGGGCGAUGGCCGGCCUCAGGUGAAUCCAGACGAGCCCAUGUUCACCUACAGUCAAGUGGAGCAGAUUUGCGAGAACAUCUGGAAGCGACGCGAAACCUGGAUUCGUCAGGAGUACGAUCGGAUACUUUCCCUAAGGCUGGCCGAGCAGCACGAGUCAUUUGUUAAAUUCACCUACGAGCAAAUCCAGCAAAAACUUCAGGAGACCGCGCCCACCUACAUGUCGUAA